AAUCGCAUAAGCUGUGUAACAUUCACCUCGAAGUAAGGAGGACAUGAGUAAUGAGGAUAAGAAACUUAUUUCCUUGUUCAAAUGUGAUUUACAGUUUGACUGACAUGAAAAUAUCCAAGUUAUUGCAUACAGUUAAAUACGGCUUUUGAACAGGUGGAUUUCUCUGAGCAGUUGUGAUAGAUACGGCAUAUUCAUCAUAUAGGGGAGUAGAGAAUAUGUUGGGAAUGGAGAUUAUUUAUUUGGAGUAGAGAUUAAUAUUGGGAGUUUAGAGAUAAUCUGGACUGGUGUAAAGACAAGAGCAACACAAAGAGUUUUAUAUAGUAGAUUUGGAUAUAUAUUCUGUGAUACAGAACAAUUUGUGGAUAUGGGUUUAUUAAUCAAAAGUGAAUGUGUUAGGUUAAAAAACGAGUUUUAUGAAAUUUUUGUGAAAAAGUCUCUGUAAUGAUGGCAUUGAGUCCCUUGUCGGCCAAUCCUGGUCGAGGGAGCGUGUCCAUCAUUCGUAGGAUGAGUAUGGAAACUUACAUGGUUCGGAUAUACACUGGGCCGCUCAGUCAGGAUCAAGAAUAUGUAUCUGUUGAAGCUGAGAAAAUUUCAAAGGCAGAAGACGUGGUAAAAGUUGCAGUCCAAAAGUUGAAUUUACGUGAUUCGGAUAAUUAUGAACUGGCUGAAGUGCUGUCCACAGCCGGCCAGUUGUGUAAAGAAAGACGUUUAGAUGAGCUUGAAAACCCCGUUAGAAUACAAUUGUUAUGGCCUACAACAAUAGUCAAUGCUGAAGUUGACAGAGGGCAUGGCUUAUAUACUGGCUACAGAUUUUAUAUUCGUAGAAAGAAUCGUGAAAAUUCAAAUCGAACUUCAUUGUGGAUGGAAUACUCCGAUCCAAAUCCUGUAGAUAAUUUCCUAACAGCAUUCUUAAAUCAGCCAACAAGCAAUAAAGAAUAUUCGGACCUAUGCAACUUACCCGACCUCAAUGAGCGAACAUUACUUGAAAAUAUCAAAUCUAGAUUUCACAAUUCAAACAUAUACACUUACGUAGGAUCUAUUUUGAUAGCUGUAAAUCCAUUUAAAUUUUUUCCCAUUUACAAUCCUAAAUAUGUCAAAAUGUACCAAAACAAACGUUUAGGCGAUCUGCCGCCACAUAUUUUUGCGAUCGCAGAUGCAGCUUUUUACACUAUGUUACGGACCAAGAAAAACCAAUGCAUUGUGAUAUCGGGAGAAUCUGGGAGCGGAAAAACCGAAAGUACAAAUUUGUUGCUACAUCAUUUAACAGCUUUGAGUCACAAAGGAUUACACGGAAGUGGUGUGGAACAAACUAUCCUUGGUGCUGGACCGGUGCUUGAGGCAUUUGGAAAUGCAAAGACGGUGCAUAACAACAACUCAAGCCGAUUUGGUAAAUUCAUACAGGUCAAUUAUAAAGAGAAUGGAAUGGUUCAUGGUGCUAUUGUUGAAAAAUAUCUGCUGGAAAAAUCUAGAAUUGUCUCACAAGCGAGUAACGAGAGAAACUACCAUGUAUUUUACUACCUACUGCGAGGUGCCGAUGACUUAGAGAGAGAGAAACUCCGCCUUGGAAAACCGGAGGAUUAUUUCUACCUUAGACAGAGUGACUGUUACCUCGUUGAUGAUCUGGACGAGGCCAAUGAGUUUUCUAGGCUUAAACAGUCCAUGGAGAUGGUGGCAUUCUCACAAGUUACACAAAAAAGAAUAUUUGGUGUUUUGUCGGCUGUUUUACAUCUUGGUAAUGUCACUUUCAAAAAGAAAGGGGAUCAACACCAUGAUGAAUCAGUUACCAUAAUUAACCCAGAAACUAUCAGUAUCAUCUCCAAGUUACUCAUGGUGAAAGAGCGCACCCUGACAGAAGCGCUUACACAAAAGAAAACAGUGGCUGGAGACGAAACGGUCGUUAUGACUCAUCGGAUGGAACAUGCUGUAGCAACUAGAGAUGCCAUGGCUAAAUGUCUAUAUGGAGCUUUAUUUGACUGGAUUGUCCUGAAAGUAAACCAAGCUCUGCUUGCCAAGAGACACAAUAGUGAACAUCAGGCUGAGGAUAAUCCAGAUAAAGCAAAUAACGUUAGACAUACGGGUAAUUCAAUAGGCGUGUUGGACAUCUUUGGUUUUGAAGAUUUUAAAUGGAACAGUUUUGAACAGUUCUGUAUCAACUAUGCAAAUGAGCACCUCCAGUACUAUUUCAACCAGCACAUCUUCAAGUUUGAGCAGUGGUAUGAUAUUUUCAGUUUUCCGGGAGCCAGUAACGAGACGCUGUUAUCAAAGUUUCACCAUCAUCAUGCCAAGGGAAAUGUAUACUAUGAGGCGCCACAGAGAAGAGAGAUGGCAUUUGCUGUACUACACUAUGCUGGAAAAGUCAAAUAUCAAAUAAAGGAUUUCCGAGAGAAGAAUAGUGACCAGAUUAGAACAGACAUUGUGGCCAACAUGAAAAGUAGCAGUCUUUCAUUUGUCAGGGAACUUAUGGGGGUUGAUCCAGUGGCUGUGUUAAGAUGGACAAUUCUGAAAACCCUCAUCAAAAGUAUGUUUGCCUUCAUCCGUGCUGGGAAAACCUACAGGCAUAGAGGAGGUGUGGCUUAUAAUAAUGACAUAACUAUCUUUGCUUCAACAGAAGAAAAUUUAAUAAUCUUUUGGCCAUAUUGGCCUGUUUUUCAAAUUGAUAAUGUUUGUUUGAUUGAAAUGUGGCAUCACAGAGCAAGACUGUUGUAUGUUGUUCCUGUAUUUUGUAGCCCCCGUCGUAUUUCCCCAACUGACCCGUCCCAGCACCGUUCUCCCCGCUCCAUGCAUGAAAUUCUCUACAGUCGACAUAGUCGGGAUGACAAUAAUGGGUCAGAUGACGAUGACGAGGAUGAUGUGUUUAUGUCGAAUCAGCGACAUUCAGCUCAUUUACGGAGCCCUGUUGAUGCGUACUUGUCAGAGGACGACGCGCGUGUCAUGAGGCGCGCCACUAAAGUACUAAUGAAAAACAAAUCAUUCAAGCCAAAGACAAGGCCCCAAACUAUGUUUUCCGACAUAAAGACGUUGAAGGCGAUAGCUAAUCGUACAAUAUACAUCGGUGGAAAAAUGAACACAAAACAAAAACCACCUAGUGUGGGUGCUCAAUUCCAGUGGUCGUUAUCGAGAUUAAUGUCUACGUUGAAUCAGGCUAAUCCGUUCUUUAUACGCUGUAUCAAGUCGAACGCAGAGAAACUGCCGUGCAGAUUGGAUGACGUCCUAGUUUUAAGACAGCUUCGUUAUACAGGAAUGCUUGCGACAGUUCGUAUCCGACAGUCUGGGUAUAACUAUAGACUUACUUUUGAGGAGUUUGUCCAGUUGUACAAGAUUUUACUGCCAAAAGGACUCUCAAGCAACAUGGAAGAUGUGUCACAGUUCCUUGAAAAUAUGAAUAUGAACCAAGACAAUUAUCAGAUUGGAAAAACUAAGGUAUUUUUACGAGAAACAGAGAAAUUAUUUAUGGAUGAGUGCCUUCAUCAAGCUAUAAUGAAGCGUGUGAUUGCUAUACAAAGAUGGGUGAAGACGAAAGUUGAGAGAAAAAAUUACCUCCAGUUGCGGGAGAAUACCAUUAUGUUACAGAAACAUAUACGACGGUUCCUAGCUCAACGACGGUUAGACAUGGUCCGAGAAGCCGUCCUGAUGAUUCAGCGGUGGUAUCGAGGCUCAACGGAAAGAAAGAAAUACCAUCUUGUACGCAGAAGUGCCAUACGAAUACAAGCUCAUGUCAAAGGUCAUCUGUGCCGAAAAAGUUCCCGCCAUAGAGGCAUGUGUGAGAAAAGCAGAUUUAGGGAGAUCGAGGCCGAUUUACGACGACAGAAAGCAGAGCGCGAGGCAAUCAAGCAGGCGGAGGACAUGCACUCGUCAACCAGCGACGAGGGAGUACUCAUCAAAGAUAACAGUGCCGACGAGCUUGAACUUCACACAGGACAAUAUCAACGUAGAGAUUCUGAAGAGAGCAGUGGUAUACUAGAUGACUCCGAGUCGGACACCGUGUCAGAGGCUAAAAGCCGAGGUGGCGACUCUGUAUGCUCCCCACCAGCCACACCCACUAGUCAGGGCCCGGAGAUCAAUAUUGAAAGCCUGCCGGGCUCCAAAGAUCGGUUCCUCACUGAUACCAACAGGAUCUCAAAGGUACAUGACUUGGCGAGAAGGUUUCAAUCCCCAGAAGGUUCUUCACCUGAUGACGUCGAUGGUCGACCCUCACCUGACAUCAUUUAUGUUCCACGGGGAUCGUCUGCUAGAAAAAGGCCGCCUAAAAUGUCACCCGCUCCUUUAGCGAAGCAGGAGUCAUUCUCAGACCUGACUGAUCUUGUUGAUGGCCAGCUUGUAUUUGAUUCACCAACAACUGCUGAACCCAGACCGUCGCAGCUUUCUCCGGACAAACUUCAACUGGUCGAUGAUAUUUUGAAGAAACCUCGCAGUCACACGGGCGAGAGUCUUCACGUGUCUGCCGAGGACGUGUCGAAGAGUCCGUUCCGACGUGUCAUGAAGGGAGCGAAACACUUAGUUGCUAGUCAAGAAAAUUUACGUGAAACUAAGAGUUAUCCAUGUGUACCCGAGAGCUCUACGUUAAAACGUAAGAUGUCAUUCUCGUCUACGUUAUUCAGACGCACAAAAUCGUCGAUAAAAAUGCUGCGAGAUAUGAAUCGUGGACAGCGCAAGAAGAAAGACUCUCAAGCUGAGGACAGUGACGAGGACCCCGAGCAUUCACCCGUGUCAAAACAUAUGCAAAAUAUUCCAGCUGGAGCAGUAUCUGUUCUUCCACAUUUUACCAGCAUGCCAUUAUCCCCUAAAUCCCCGGUCAAAGAUGAGAACGUAUUCUCAGGAGACGAUCAGGAGGAAAAGAAAUCUAUACAGAAGAAAAGACGUACUCGGAAAGGGGAGAAAGAUAAAGAGAAUCGACCAAUCGAAGUGCAGAGGGGCUGGAAUGUUGCCAAAACUUCACAGUGGCAAUACCCGGAGGAAUUUGUGAUUACGGAAACUUAUGAACUACAAUUUCUAGACGAGUUCAUCGGUAGAAAGGUGAAUGAGUUGGUGAAAGACACUGGGAAAAAGGAGUCCCAGUUUGAUAUUGUGUUCAAAAAAUGUCUCAAGUCAUUCCAUACAGAAUUGAAGAGUAUUCUCUCAUUGUCCUUGCAGAAGGAAGGGUCAUGUGAGACCUGUAAUAUUAAAUAUCGUGAUUUAUUUGCAAUGUUUGAAUCAACGAUGAGGGGAACGUGUGAAGAGCAGAAAGUGGACUCUGAAUUCCCAGUGACUAUAUGUAUAAAUGCAUUCCGAGGUUAUCUAGAUGAAUUUAGAAAUGGUGUAAAUAGUAAAAAGAAGGAUAGUAAAUUUAAAAAGAAAAAAGAAAGACCAAAUAGAAGAGAUAACAAGAAAAAGGAUAUUAUAGAAUUACAAGGCCAUAAAUUUUCCCAAGUGCAAUUUGGAAUUCCAACAUUCUGUGAAUUGUGUUCAAAUAUUAUAUGGAUCAUGGAGAAAGGUCAUGUGUGCCAAAUAUUAUAUUUCUUUAUUUUUCAUUUAUUGCAGAGAAUAGUUGGUACAAAGGUGUUCGGUGUUCCAUUACAAAACUUAGUAGGGCAAGACGAGAAGAUCCCCGUGUUCAUGGACAACUUGAUCCAUCUGAUAGAGACCCAUGGCUUCUAUACAGAGGGAAUUUAUAGAAAAUCAGGGGCCCAACCCAAAAUAAAUCUGCUCAAAACUACACUUGAUAGUGGAAAAACAGAUAUCAGUAUAGAAGAGUUCGCAGUACAUGUGUUGACAAGUACAUUGAAAACUUUCUUCCGCGAGUUGCCAGAGCCGCUGUUGACGUUUGAAUUUUAUGAGGAAUUUAUACAAGCUUCAGAAAUCCACGAUGAAAAGGAAGCCAUACAAGGUUUAUUUUCCCUCGUAGAAAGAUUACCUAAAGUGAAUCAUGAUGUAUUUGAAAGACUUAUCUUCCAUCUGGCAAGAGUGGCCAAACAUGAGAAGAACAACAAGAUGUCAGUGAACAGUUUGGCUAUUAUAUUUGCUCCAUGUUUAUUAAGGUCCAACAAGAUAGUUCAGGCACAGGAUAUGUUGUCACAAGUUGGUCAACAACAAUUGUGUAUAGAAAAAAUAUUGCAAGAACAGCUCAACAAACUGAAAGCUACGUUACAGGACAUUAGUACGCUGGAGUCAGCCGAGGCCACUGCCAACGAGAGACUGUCUGUUGUCCGGGAUAGCAUGAGAAAAACCAAAGAUGUUGUAAAGAAGCAGGUACAAGGCCCGCCAAGUCUCACGGAGGAUCCAGAAAACCUGGAGGAACAAGAGAGGGUCAUCAACUCUCAUAUACAAUCGUUACGAAAUGAAAAACGAUCAUUAACUACCACACUUCCGGUGUUUGAGUACCGCCACAGCUCCGAUGAUGAGAUGUUAUCAGCAGACGACAUUGAAUCAACAGACGACAGCGAAUAUCAGAUGGAAGAUCCCACAUUUGAAACGCCAGCUAAAGCACCGACUCAGUUAACUCAUUUGACAAAACAUCGGGUUGAGGUUCCGGUAAAUCGCCGACCGCCAAAACAAUUGUUUAAACAGCGCAGCAUGGACGACAUGGACAAGUUAGAUAAAGAGACCUUGUUACAAUUACAAAACGGAACACAUUCGUGUAGUACUGAAAACAAUACAUCAGUGUCAAAAUAUUCAUCCGCAGAAAAAACUUCCAACUUUUCGGGCAAGCAAAGACAACUGCUGGACAGUUUGGAUUUACACUCGCCUGAUUCCCAAACAGUGAAAAACACUCGCAAGAAAGUAGGAGAAUAUUUUAAGAAUGUGAAACGUAAAAAUGAUAGAGAACCGGAACAAGCUGUGAGGUCAUCAGAAACACUUUCGUCUGCGAUUGCUAAAGAUUCUCUCCUAUUACUUAAACCAAAGGUGUACCAAGACGCGCUCUCGCCAAAAUUAAAAGCCAAAUUAUCAAAAUCUCAGAUUCAAAGUUCAGCACCCAGUAAAUCUGACAUACAUAGAUAUAAACCUAAUCAGUUAGCUGAUAAAAGAAGGAAAUCCCCUCGGAAAGAUCUUGAUAUGUCGCACGGCGUUUCACCGCAGCCGAGACCUUUACAACUAAUAUCGGCACAUGGAAGCCACGAAGGUCUAAGACUGUCAUCCUAUGAUAACACAAAUUUGUCUGUGAUGGAGCAGAGUGAUUCUGACGAUGAAAUAAUGGUUUAGUCAAUGAGAAAUGAGGAGAAUUGCCUGAUAUUUACCUUAAUUUUGUAUGUUAUUUUGAAUAUAUGGAGAAUGUUGUGUGAAAUGUUUGUAACUCCUUAAAAAGUAAAAAAAAUAAAACAAUAUUUGACAAAGAAGAAAUGCAUUUGAAGCAAAUUGUUGAUUUUUUUAAGAUCUUUGACCAGGAAUAUUUUGCAGUUUUCAAUAGGUUUUGAUAUAUUUAUUGCAAUAAACAUGAUUAAAAAAGUGUUUAGAGGUGUCCUUAAAUGAAAAAAUAUUGGUUAAGAAAGUUGUUUUUUCCGUAAUGUGAUCGACAAUUUCCGCCAUGCUUUUCACUGAUGACAGAGGAAUAUCCCUACCUACUUUUGUUUCUACCUAUAUGUUGGUUAUAGUAAAUUAUGAUCACUUGAAAAAGAUCAUGAUUUGUUAGGAAUGUUAUUUGUUUAGGUCAUACUAAAACUAGUACUACUAGAUUGUAAAUACAACAGUUUUACUGUGAAUAAGGCUAACUGAAAAAAAAAAGAAAGAAAAAAAAUACCAGCACCAUUGGUCUAGAAGUAGGAAUACGAUUGUAAAUGUAUGCACAUCUCCGGCUCUGAAGCUAGUAUUUACUAUGUAAAUUUUUAGUUUUCAUUCUAGUCCAUUCAUUGUAUAUCUACCUUGUUCAAUUUAGGAAGUUCUCUCAUUGGAUUGAAUAUCGAGGACACUUCAUUUCCCUGCAUAUAAAUUAUCGAAUGCUAUUGUUUUUAUUAUACACUUUAAAGAUUUUUUUUUUACUAUGCAAAGGUAAAACUAGUGCUAUUGUUUAUCCUUGACAGUAAUAAAGACACUUUUCAGCUAUAUCUAGUGUUAUUUGAUAUGCUUUUGUUUUACCACUUAAAGUAAGUGCUGAGGGAUUAUUGUUUAUUCCAUUGGUUCAACAACUCAAUGUUAUUAGUUAAUAAAUGCCUUUGGUAUUGGAUCAACAACUUGACGAUAUUAGUCAACAAAUGCUUUUGUGAUAGGAAUUGGUUUAAAAACUUUCAUGUUAUUAGUUAACAAAUGCCAUUUUGAUUGGUAUUGGUUUAACAACUUUCAUGUUAUUAGUUAACAAAUACCCAUAUGAUUGGUAUUGGGUUCACAACUUUCAUGUUAUUAGUUAACUAAUGCCAUUUUGAUUGGUAUUGGUUUAACAACUUUCAUGUUAUUAGUUAACUAAUGCCAUUUUGAAUGGUAUUGGUUUAACAACUUUCAUGUUAUUAGUUAACAAAUGCCAUUUUCAUUGGUAUUGGUUUAACAACUUUCAUGUUAUUGGUUUACUAAAAUUUGAUGCCGUGACAUCACUUGCGUUAUACAGACACAGUAUAAAGAUAUGCUAAAUGUUAACUUAAACUUAUUCAAUAGUCUCUAUUUCUUGACCGUUUUUUCACAUGCUUUGAAUCUAUUAUUGUUUUUGCAUUGUUAGAUAAUUAUCUGAUCAAGUUGUAAUGUUCCUGUUACUGUUUUGCUGUUAAAUAUGUUUAUGAAUUAGAAAGUUCUGAUAAAUCUUUUUAUAUAAAAGUUAAUGUGUAGAUAAGAGCUGAAAUUUUUAUACCGUUAUUAUGAACUAUUGUGAUAAAUAUGUAACUAUAUAGUGCUGUACAAGUAUAUAAGUUUUUGUUUGUUGCUUAUGUAUUCAAAUAAAUUACGACCCUUAUAA